GAGAUUUUAACUUCAACGUCACUUUCUACAGAAAAAAAUGGAAAACAACUCCCAUCUGAGUAACACAGCGUUAAGGUGCUGGUUGUGAAAGGGUUUUAAUUUUUGUUACAAAUUUGUGUAAGCUUCAGGGGCCGCCGACGGUAUUCGGUUAAUUUAAAUAUUAGCAGUACCGAUACCUCAGGACUUUUAUUAAGCCGCCGGCGGCCCCGGAUACUGCUAGUCACUCUACUCAUUUUAGACUCACGUAAGCUUAUGAACGACAGUUCGGUCGGACUACAUAGUUGUUGGAGUGACACGGACAAGGCAUCAGAGUAUUUCUGUUUUACUUUAUUACUACAAAAAUAAUGCAGCGGAUUCGACUGACGAGUAUGCUAAUGGUUUUUAUAAGGUUACAUGUCCGCAGACUGUGAGAUCAGGGCAGCAGUACUAGCGGAUUUGUCAGGAGCGGUUCAGCCGGCAGCAACAACGGCACCAGACACCGAGCAGAAGGAGUCUGCCCGUGACAAGGGAGCGGGUACUACUCCGAGCAUGAUCACCAAAGACUGCGGGGCAGAGCCCGUGCGGGGUCAUUCCGAGUCUUGCGAAGCAGGAAGCUUUCUUUUGGAUAGACAUGUUUUAAGACUGAACGAAGGGACGCCGGCAUUGAAAAGAAACUGGAUUGAGGUUAACGGGGACGGCGAAAGCGUGAAGCACCUGCCAGGUUACACGGGACUUGUAAAUAAGACGGAGGAGGAUUUAUGUACAGGGAGCUACUGCAGUGAUAAUUGUAAAAGAAGACGAGGGAACGACAGCGGUGAAGCAGCAUCUCAGGGCGUAGAGAAUGACAGCAGUACCAAAGCAGAUGGAUUCAGUACCCAUGUGGUGCAGAGACCUGUUAAGAAUGGGGUCAGUCGUGUGCACCCACAGCGGCUAGCCCUGGAAUACGUUGUACCCUGCCUUACCUACUAUGGCAUUUGUGUGAAGGAUCAUUUCCUUGGGGAAGAACUCGGGUCCCGUAUUCUGACAGACGUGGAGAUGCUAAACCGGAGUGGCAAGUUUAGGGAUGGUCAGCUUGUCAGCCAAAGGACUAUCCCCUCUAAAAACAUUAGGGGAGACCAGAUAGCAUGGGUGGAAGGGAAGGAACCUGGCUGUGAAAAUAUUGGGAUCCUUUUGUCUAAAAUUGACGAACUUAUCAUGUACUGUGCCAACAAACUUGGAAGCUAUAUCAUCAAUGGGAGGACUAAGGCCAUGGUUGCAUGCUAUCCUGGUAAUGGAACAGGGUACGUACGUCAUGUGGACAACCCAAACCGGGAUGGGCGCUGCAUUACCUGUAUUUAUUACUUGAACCGAGACUGGGAUGUUAAGAUUCAUGGUGGUCUUUUGCAGAUUUAUCCAGAAGGUCGAUCUGUAGUUGCUAAUAUUGAGCCAGUUUUUGAUAGACUGUUACUCUUUUGGUCAGACAGACGAAAUCCUCAUGAAGUGAAGCCUGCCUACUCUACAAGGUAUGCCAUCACAGCCUGGUAUUUUGAUGCAAAAGAACGAGCAGAGGCCAAAGACAAGUAUCGUCUAGCUGCUGGGCAGAAAGGAGUUCAAGUCCCUGUAACUCAAACCAACUCAACCUAAUGAGCCACCAGAGAAGGUCAUCUCACGUGGAGUGGAGCUGUGGUACAUUAUGCUGCUAUUGAUCAAAUGUGUCCAUCACUGUUGGUUCUCUGUUUUUUUUAAGACAUCCAAACCCCGAAGACUGGAAUGAGGACCUCGAGUGAUGCACCUGGAUUUUAUCCAAGGAACAAGUAGAUCCGAAGUCAGGCUUCCGAAUUCAGAAUUUCACCUCAAAUGGCAUGCAGAAAAUAUGGCUUUUGUGCCUUUAUUCUUUUUUGGAUAUACUUUUUUUUGUAAUUUACAGUGGCCCCUGUGAGGCCUUCAUUUUGUGUCUUUUCAUUUGCACUGAUGGUAGUAUAUGUGUCGAAGCAGUGACCUUUGAUUUAGUGCAGUCCUGCCAUCAAGCCUUGGUUGAUAAUAUGUAUAAAUGUGAAAAGCAAUACUGUACCAUCAGACUUCAGUGUGAAGGUUACACUUAAAAGACAAAAUCUUAUCUCCUUACCUUUUUUUAAGGAUGGGUAUGAGUGUGUUAAACCAUGUGUUUCUUUAACCAUGUUUCAUGACAGUGAAAAGCUUGAAUAUGAAUGCAAUAAAGAAUGCCAGUACUACUUUA